UUCCCGUAACUUUUGAGAGACUAAAACAAUAAAAGAAGAAAACCUGCAAUCCCACGUGAGGAAAACAAACUGUUAAAAGCGCCCAAUUUGAUCUCUUAAAAACGUCUUCUUGCUGUCAAAUGGACGACGAGUAUACGGAGGGCUACAGCGAGGCGUGUGCACAGUGCUCAUGUGUGGACUGGGGUGUAUCAGAUGAAGGCCGCUUCUUCUGCAGGUCAUGUCACAAUGUCAUCGAGAAAACCCGGGAGGUGGACUUGAUUGUGGCCCCGGCGCCGGGAUCGUCCCGUGUCGUCACCAUCCGCAGAGGGAGCCGUACGAAUAUGCAUGAGAGAGGUCGUCAGUGGAUGACAUGUGAAGCCUUCCAGUUUAUCCUGAGGAAGCAAGCGAGUGCACUGCUGGAGCUUGGUGUGGGUCCGCUAUUUAAGGACGAGGUGUUGUGGCCACUGUGGCGGCGCUUCCUGCAGACAAGCCAGCUGGCUUACACCAACAAUCCCGUCAGGAGAGCCAAGUUGAAGCGAGCCACGACGUCUGACUCUGAAAGCGCUGCCGCGUCGUCCAUCCUGUCUGCCAGCGAGACCGACGGCGAGACAGAUCCGCCCAACACUACAGAUAGUUGCAGAGAUAGUUCAACAUGCUCGCUGGACGGCGCCGCCUACCUGACAUCUCGCCUGAGGCCACAACGCGGCCACAUGAGCAUGAGCAAGACUUUGGCUCUGAUCCACUUGGCGUUAGUCUGGAGUCGCCAGGCACUGACACUCGGCGACCUCCUCAGGCUAGUGAGUGAAGGACACGUGCCAUACAUCAAUGCUUACGAAGACCUUCCUGAGGAGAUGCAGCUCUACGGCCCGGAUGCGCUCAUCUUCAGAGUCCAAGGUGUCCCCUCACACCAAUGUCUGCACAUGGAGGCGGAGGCACUCGCACGCUUCCUGCAACUUCCUGCUUUUCCUCCAAUUAGCCGACGGGACCUGUUACAUCCAGCGGUGCUCAGUCUGCGCUACCUGAGAGACGCCAACCUGCCUGAUGAGCUCCACCCAUGGGUGUGUGUUCUGAUGGAGCGUGUCGACAUGGCGAAGACGGCGCCGCACACGUUGGAUCCCUCGCGCCGCUUUACGCUGCCUCAGUACGAUGUCCAGGCCGCCGUCCUCAUCAUUGUCACCAUGAAACUCGUCUUCGGCCUGGACGACCGCACAGAGUGGGAGUUAUCAAGCGACGCUAGCAUCAAAGAAACCAACCUCACGGCUGAAGGAGGCGUGUCACAUGACCGCUUCAAUCUGAGGCGGUGGUACCGGCUGCUGAAUGUUGCUCUGCUCCGAGCUGAUCACACCCAACAACAGGACGCUGCCAGGAAGCAGUGGAAGGCCACACCCCUUUGCACUAGCACCAGCAGGAAGUACAAACGUGUUGUGGCAAAAAAGAAAAGAGUAGCGGAGCAGCUCCAGAUGUGUUUCCAGAAGUUGUCAUCUCAGCCCAGCCACGCCCCCACUGCUGCUUCGUCCACAUUUAAGUUCUGUUGGGGGGACGAGGACGGCGCUGAUGGCCCCAGUCUGCAUCGCAACACACUGAAAGCUGCUGUGACCCAGUCACAGGAAAUGCUGACGCCUGUUAACUUGACGUACUGGCACCUGCCCCUCAGGCCUUGCGACCCCCGGAAGUGUGGCAGUCAUUAUGCGGCGGUGGAGGCGACACUUCCGCGCUCCUUUGUGUGGCUCCUGAAGCUCUUCAGCUUCUUGCUGCAGGUUAGCCUCGCCCACUUGUAUCAGGAAGUGCUGAGUGUAGAGCGGCGCCUCCUCGGCAGAAAGACACCACCUGGUCAACACUCGGGCGGAAGCAUCCCCACAACCAGGAAGUCACGGCUCAGAGGAAGGAAACUUGUUAAUGCGGCACAGGGUCAUGUGAGGUAAUGCUGCGGUGUAGUAUCACCAUGGCAACAGACCAACACUGUUGCCUAGCAACAGUGGCAACAUGCGAGUGUUUCCUGAAAAGACCUCAGCCGGCCAAAUGAGGACACUGCAGCCUGAACAAAGACACCUCGUUUGACUCGCAUUACGUUACGUCAUGGACCCUUUUAAUAAAGUGACGGUAGCCAUGGCAACAGACAGUUCACUCUACUGCUGAUUUUGUGUGUGUGCUGAUGUUCUCUUUGUGAGAACUGCUAACUAUACAAUGCAAAUCUUGCAGUAAACCACCAUCAUUAUUGCUAAGCUAAGCUAGGCUAGGCUAGGCUAGCAUCCAUUGUGACAGCUGAUUGGUCACACACAUCCAAACCUCUUCCUGACGACCUCAGUGAACUGGGACCCUAACACCCGCCCCCUCCUGUAAUUCUGGCUUUGUCCUUUUGUGUGAGCGUGAGUGCAAGUGUUGACUUCUCUGCAGCCUGCACAUGCACGGGUAAACUGAGGCCACCUCCUGUCAGUCACACAGGCAGACAGCGCCUCAUGGCCCCUCGCCACAGGAAGUGGCAAAGAAUGAACUUGUUUCUUUGUCUGCCCCCCCCCCCCCCCCCCCAACAGGAAGAUGUGUCACCUGGACUGCGAUGGACACUUUUAUGUUUACUUCCAGUGACAACAAAGGAGCCUCACCCCUACUCUGAUCCCCCUGUACUUUGACAACGAAGGCUUGUUUACUACCUCCACAUACACACACACACACUGACAGUUAGGUGUGGGAUCUUAUCAUUUCUGUUGUAUGGUUAAUGUUUAAAUGAUGUGUAAUGGUAGUACUACCUUAUGUAGUUAUAUUGACAGUAUGUACAGUUAUAAAAGAGCUAAGUGUUUUGUGCAAGCAGCCAGCGCGCGUGUCCCGUCUCCUCUAGCCGUGCACGCGCAGAGUUCACCGGGUUCAGUGGGUUUACUCUGACACCGCUGACUCCUUGGCCCCGCCCCCACAGACGUACGCCCCGCCCGCCGGCCAAUGGCGUGUCGGCAUGUCGGCAUGUCGCGAUGACGCAGCGCCUCGCCUCCUAUCGGCCGAGGCCCGCUACACCUUUGCGCGCGAUUGGCUGUGUCUUUCCGCCGCUCACUUUCUUGUUUUUUUUUUUUUUGUCUUGUUUUUGUUUUUUUUUGGCGCCUGAGCUGAAGCUUGCCGCGAAACCUCAGCAGCUGUCCCGCGUCUAUCCUCCUCCGGUGGCACGCUCGGCUUCCCGCCAUGCUCAUCUCCCGCCAGGUGAGUCCUGUUCCUGCGUGUGCUGAGACGGACCGAGCUGCUCCGGUCCAGACGUCCUCGAUUGUUGUCUCGCGCUCGGCUGGCUAGUUCAUCUGAGGUCACGUGAACUCAUUGCCUCGCGCGCUAGCGCUGCUUCGUCGUCAUCAUCAUCAUCGCCAUUCAACAUGUUGACGUUCUGAAAGCUUUGACGUCAACUUGCCUUAUAAUUAAUUAGGUCAAAGGAAUAUAUAGCAGCAUCAAUGACGUCAACGAUCUUAUUCAUAUCAUGUCUAGAUAAUUAAAGGAUGAACUCGUUUCACCUUAAAUGUGACUUCCUGUUGUUCGCUAGCCACUCCCUCUCUGCAUGUAAUUGUUGAAGGACAAUAAAGGGGCGGGGCUUAAUACUGAACGUUGGGUGUUACCCCAGGGCCGUCGUAAAAAUAUAUUCAUACGAAUUAAUUCGAAUAAAAACAAAGCCACAAGUCUUACAGUAUUCCAAUUUUAAUUAUUUCAGUAACCCCAUUGGCCCCACUUAAAACAAUAUGUUGAUCCUCAUCGUGUUCCCAAUUACAACGGUAUGAAAAAACGGAUUUAAGAAGCUGCCAGAAAAAAAAAAUAUAUGAGCUUCCCUGUCACAACUACUUUGCUGAAGAAGCACUGCCAAAGAAAAGGUGUUGAGCUGCAGUCGCAAUAUACCUACACAACAUGCAGCACUUGACAGCUUGGUACGUGUUCCUGGCUUCAAUUGUUAAGGGUCUUUUAAAAUGUUGAGCUAAAAUCAAACUAUUGAUGAAGGUAAA